CCUACUUGGUUAUUUCAUGUACGGGACAACGUGAUAUCUGAACCUCUAAAUUAAAAUAGCUAGAGAGACGUUAAAAAAAAUGUGAUGGACAUUGUCAGUGGCAAUGAACGAGAAUGUAUUAUCAGAACAUUUAAAAUAAUUUAGUCUUCCAAAUAAUUUAUAAAUGCACGACACUAAUUAUUUAUUACAUCAUUUUGCUAAUAUAUCUGCAACUGUGGUUAAUGAAUUAUUAAAUCCCUUACAGACAUGUCAGAGCAUGUUGAACUGCAACAUUUAGUUGAUGCUGAAAUUGAAAGGAACUCAACAACACAACAAAAACGAUUUUCCAUUCUAUUAUGCAGAUCAUGCCCUUAUCUUGGUUUAAUAUUGGCAACAUUAUCAUCACUAUUUUUCUCAUUAUGCAGUGUUAUUGUAAAGGGCCUAGUUGAAGUAAAUCCAAUGGAAUUGGCAGCAUUCCGAUUUGUAGGCGUAUUAUUGCCAGCAAUACCAAUUGUAAUAUACAAAGGAGAACAUCCAUUUCCAAAGGGUCGUAGAUUAAUGCUAAUAUUAAGAAGCUUUGUGGGGACCACUGGCUUGAUGCUAAGUUUCUAUGCAUUUCGACAUAUGCCAUUGGCUGACGCAUCUGUAAUAGUAUUUUCUGUUCCUGUCUUCGUAGCUAUAUUUGCAAAAAUAUUUUUAAAGGAGCCUUGUGGCUUAUUCAAUGUUAUCACAGUGUGUUUAACAUUGAUUGGUGUAAUCCUAAUAACACGUCCACCACUCAUCUUUGGACACACAGUAGAGUCUCUUUCAGAUGGGCAUAUAAAAACACAACAUGCAGAUUUAUGGGGUGCUGCUGCAGCCUUCUCAGCGACUCUGUUCGGUGCAAACGCUUAUGUUCUAUUAAGAGCCUUAAAGGGCCUUCACUUUUCAGUAAUUAUGACUAAUUUUGGAUCAUUCGCUUUGAUUCAAACAAUAGUUAUAUCUUGGGCUAUAGGUGCACUGUGCUUACCUCGAUGUGGGACUGAUAGACUCUUAGUUGUCGCUCUUGCUCUUUUUAGUUUUGGGGGUCAGAUAUUAUUAACAUUAGCUUUACAAAUGGAGCAAGCAGGGCCAGUUGCAAUAGCAAGAUCAGCAGAUAUAGUUUUUGCCUUUUUUUGGCAAGUAUUAUUUUUCAAUGAAAUACCAAACCCUUAUUCAGUAGGAGGGGCAAUUGUAGUCACAAGUUCAGUUUUACUGACAGGAUUAAGAAAGUGGGCUCUUUCAUUGCCAGAAACCUCUAGCGUAAAAAAAUCUUUGGGCAUUUUAGUAAUGUGAAUUAUAAAUUAUAAGAGAGGAAUGCAAUUUUAAGUAGAGCAUAUAUUUCUUCUUCAAAACAAAUUGUAAUAGAAACAUAUAUCAAUGUAGAAAUAAGUUUGGAGGAAUUUCUUAAAAUAAAGUUUAUGNUUCUGAUA